AUGGCACUCAGCGUCCACGAGAUCUCCCAGUUACGUGCUGCCUUGCAAGAUGCCGUCGUCAAAUGUUCAGAAAGAUGCUUGGCUGCUGAACUGCUCAAUGCGCUCCCCGAGAUCGAAGAAGACGAAGAAAACAUCAACCCUUCAGACCCCGGACACACCUCUCCGAUAUUCGCUGCGAACAGCGAUCCAGAGGAAGCAAUUCUGGAAGCCAAAGAGCUUAGCAAAUAUCUCUUAGCCAAAUCUCUCUUUGACUGUCGAGAAUAUGAUCGUUGCGCUGCUGUGUUUCUGCCCGACUCCCUCCUUUCAAGUGUUCUUGCCUCGCGUGUAGACAACACUUCAGCAUCCACCACCGCUGUAAAGGGGAAGGGGAAGGCGUCCAGCGCUUCAUCUGUGAUGCCACUACCAAAGCUCAGUCAGAAGAGCCUGUUCUUAGCACUAUACGCCAAGUUCAUGUCCGGGGAGAAGCGCAGGAACGAAGACUCCGAGAUGGUUAUGGGCCCUCAGGAUCUUGGUACAGUGGCCAAUAAGCAAUUACUUGUAAUCGGUCGAUUCUUAGCAACUUGGUUCGAGGAGAGGACAACGGAAGACGAUGAGGUAUUGGGAAGCCAGGGAUGGCUCGAAUAUUUGUAUGGCAUGGUGCUAGCCAAAGAGAAGAACGAUGACAAGGCACUGGAAUAUUUUAUUCGAAGCGUGCACAAGUACACCAUGAAUUGGGGCUGCUGGUUGGAAAUGACGUCGUUAAUAUCUCGAGUUGAAGAUAAUAUUGUCUCUUACAUGUUCCACCUGCACACCUCUCUAGAACUCUACCAACAAGGGCCCGGUCUGGCCAAUUCUCUUGAACAACUUCUCUCGAUAUUCCCAACAUCCUCUUUCCUUCUCACAUGCAAUGCACUCCUAGCAUAUCACGCCAAGGACUUGAUGGCUGCUGAACAGCACUUUACUCGACUGCUGGCACUCCAUCCACAUCGGCUAGAUUCUCUCGACCAUUAUUCUAACAUUCUCUACGUUCUCAAUCUUCGUCCAAAACUGGCUUUCCUGGCACACCUAUGUUCCAGCGUGGACAAAUUCAGGCCCGAGUCUUGCGUGGUGAUUGGAAAUUAUUACUCUUUACUAUCGAUGCAUGAGAAGGCUGUCCAAUAUUUCCGUCGUGCGUUAACGCUGGACCGGUCAUGCUUGUCAGCAUGGACGCUAAUGGGUCACGAAUAUGUUGAACUUAAAAACACCCAUGCGGCAAUCGAGUCGUACCGCCGUGCAGUUGACGUGAACCGCCGGGACUAUCGGGCCUGGUAUGGUCUUGGUCAAACAUACGAGAUGUUGGAGAUGCAUACAUACUCAUUAUGGUACUACAAGAAGGCUGCUGGUCUACGACCAUGGGACGGAAAGAUGUGGAUGGCUGUAGGCUCAUGUCUACAAAAGAUGGGCCGAGAACGAGAUGGCAUCAAAGCCUUAAAGCGAGCUUUACUAGCUGACGCUUACUAUGACGUGGGAAGCAGUUUUGGUAGCGGUGAUCUCCUUGGCAGCCGGAGCGCCACGGGUCAUAUGGACCCCGACAUCCUUCUGCAGAUUGCGAUGAUGUACGACCAACUUGGUGAAGAGGAAGAAGCCAGGUCAUACAUGGAAUUAUGCGUGGCCCAGGAAGAUGGUGGUGGAGCUGCAGAAGCUGAUCCGGCUGAGUCCAUUGCUAUUCACAACGACUCUCCACCCGGCUCAGAUAAUGGAGCCGGGGGCAACGAGAACCCAGGGAAUGAGGGAACCGGGGUCACGGCGGCGACAAGCAAAGCGCGCAUGUGGCUGGCAAAGUUCUCAAUGCGCACUGGAGAUUACAUAACGGCCUCUCGACUUGCGGGAGAGUUGUGUCAGGAUGGUGUUGAAGUGGAGGAAGCAAAAGCACUUGUGAGAGAAGUUCGGUCUCGAAUGGAAGCGACGGGAAUGCUCGACCCGCUGAGUUAG